AAAAUACCCCAGGUCGGAAUUCAGCCUUGGCAACUCAGCAUCCGAUCUUGGUCUAUUCAUCUUUAUUGCAUUUAGCCGCCAGUGCUGAUACCCCUCUGUUGAUGAAUUUCAUACUGUCGACAUCUGCAGCUUUCCUUGUGCUUCUACAUGCAAGUUGCUGAUACAAUGUGGAUUCGACGUGAACGCAAUGGAUCAUCGACGAAAUACGCCUUUGCAUCUGAUAGUUGGAUAUCCGAAACCGAUCAGCGAUUUUGUAACCCUACACUCUAUCAUAAUGACAUUAAUUGAAGCUGGCGCGCAUAUGGAUGCCGUUAAUUUGUACGGUGAAACUCCGAUUGAUGCAGCAACAACAGGCGUAGCUGAAAUUAUAUUACGGACUCGAAGUAAAUUGAGUCUCAAAUGCAUUGCCGCAAAAGCCAUUAAACGAACUUCACGGAUCUGGAACAACGCUCCGUUAAUCAUCCCUCCUGCACUUACGAAAUUUCCGGAAGCCCGCUUGCCAGAUUUCGCUGUGUUUUCCCUAUAAAUAAUUUGACGUUACUGACGCAGACAACCAUUGAUGAGAGUGUUCUCUUUUUUCUGUCUCACUGGAAUCUCGUGAUUCGAAUUGAUCCGAAAUUUGCGUCUGCCACUAGAACAACUGGGACAAAGAUUGACCGUAUGUCACCGUGAUUUUCUCUUCCGCUCACUGAUAUUUUAUCAACUGCAUAUUUUUGUUUCUGAUUCAUAACAUAGGGGGGAUGUAUUAACACACACAUUUGCUGUACAGACUGAUAAGUAGCUCUUGCUGAUGGUGUUUGAAACGUGUAAAUAAAGACGUAAAAGAAA